AUGGGCGACAUCCCGGCCGUCUCACCAGCCUCUGCGGCGAGCUACUACAGCUAUACUCUUUACCUGGGGACAUUUAUUCAACUUCCACGCGAACCGGCGACUCCUGCAACGCCUACCUCGGGUCCUACCUAUAUCCUCUCGAUCAACGAUGGCGCCGUGUGGGUGGAUAGCUCGGAUGGGCGCAUCGCUGGCUCAAAGUGGGAUGUUGGAGGCGAGAAGGAGUUGAAUGAAUGGGCCGAGAGCAUGGGUUGGAAGCUGGUAUACGAUGAUAAGGAGGCCCAAGAUUGCGCGAGCACCGUCCAGCGCGUAAGGGUGAUACGGGCUAGGCAGGAUAAGAAUGGAUUUUUCUUUCCUGGGUUUAUUGAUACACACAUACAUGCACCCCAAUACCCCAAUUGCGGAAUAUUUGGCUCGACAACCCUCCUCGAUUGGCUGAAUAAAUAUACCUUCCCCAUGGAGGCCUCGUUUGGAGACAAGGAGACCCCUGACACGCCCACGAAGAGAGCUCACACAAUCUAUAAUGCUGUUGUGGCCCGUACUUUGUCUCAUGGUACUACCAGUGCGGCAUACUAUGCAACCGUCCAUGUUCCCGCCACGAAUCUUCUAGCCUCAAUUUGCCAUACAAAGGGUCAGCGGGCGUUCAUUGGCCGAGUUUGCAUGGACAACCCCGAUACCUGCCCGGAUUUUUAUCGAGAUGAAUCUACGGCAGCGAUGGUAGAGGCCACCAAGGCGUCUAUGGAAUAUAUUCACCGCCUAGACCCGCGGGGAACCCUUGUGAAACCAAUCAUCACUCCUCGCUUUGCAAUCUCUUGUACAAGUGCCGCACUUGCCCAGCUGGGGGACCUAGCUGCCUCUACAAACCCACCGACUUACAUCCAAACCCAUAUCUCGGAGAACGAGGAUGAGAUUGAAGCAGUUAAAUCUUUGUUCCCAGAUUGUUCUACGUAUACCGAAGUAUACGAUAAAGCCAAUCUCAUAACAUCUCGCACGGUGCUAGCGCAUGGGAUUCAUCUACUCGAAUCCGAACGAGCGUUGAUACGUGAGAGAUCUGCUGGCAUAGCACAUUGCCCAGCAUCAAAUACAUCACUGAGCUCCGGAAUGUGCCCUAUCCGCACGCUCCUUGAUGACGGCAUCAGUGUUGGCCUCGGCACCGACGCCAGUGGAGGGUAUAGCCCAAGCAUUCUUGAAACAGCUCGACAAGCGUCCCUCGUGUCCAGGCUUGUGGCAUUCCAAAACAGAAAGAAAACCGGGGGACGUGAGAAACUUAGUGUCGAAGAAGCCCUGUACCUGGCAACUAGAGGCGGGGCUAAAGUGUUUAAAAUGGAGGAUGAGAUUGGGGGGUUCGAAAAGGGGAUGUUUUGGGAUGCGCAGAUGAUUGAGCUUGGGGACAGUGUUGAGGAUAAUGGACAGUCCAUAGAUGAAAGAUCCACCUUGCAACAAUAUGGGAAUGUGUGCAUGUAUGGAUGGGAAUCUUGGGAGGAACGGGUUGCCAAAUGGAUGUGGACAGGAGAUGAUAGGAAUGUCAAGGCUGUUUGGGUCGGUGGAAGAUUGGUGCAUGGGUCGGCUUAG